UGACGAGAGGACUUCCCUCCUGUCAUGGUGUGACAGAGAUGUACAGAGAUUAGAACAGUACAAUUUACAUUAGCAGCUUAACGUACUGUACUUUAACGUGAAAAUACAGUUAAGUGAAGGCGACAGCUUACUGCUCUCACUGCUAACACCAACGUUUCUUGACGACGGAGAAACAACGAAGUGUUCUUUGAUGUGACACGGAUAACAUUAACUCUCACUGGGGAAACGUCAGUGUUUAUCAAGAGGAGAAACAUAUUUCUUGUGGACUAAUUGUGGAAGAAGACGGACCAUAAGGACUUCAGAAAAACCACAGCUCUGUGUUGACAUUGUGUUGCAUUCUUCAGAUUUUUAAUGCUAACUAGUUCCCGGAUGUCGGCUAUCUUUACAGGUUGCUACAUUAAUACAGAUAGAAGCAGGUUGAAUUAUUCAGUAUCACCAGACAAUGUAUUUCAAUUGUUAGCAUGUUAGCAUUGACCUGCUAUGGGCAGCAGCUAUGACGCUAGGUGUAGCCACAGGGUUAUGUCACUGUCAGGCUAACAGAUAGCUCGCUGUCUGCAGCUGCUCUCAGUGUUUGCAUGGUCAUGUCCAGCAGCAUCAUGUAGACUGUCCUCGUGAACCAGGUUACUGGGGACACACAGUGAGAUAGUGAGCCUCUUAAGAGAGUAAUGUAAAGCUGGUUUGCAUCUAUCAAACUGGACAGCUGGCACUGAAAUACCAAGCUCAGGAUUGUUGUUAGCCAUGCUCGCCGUCUGUUCUUUGUGAUAUUACAAACAUCCCAACCUACAUAGAGGACGUGUGAAUGCAUCAUGUCCUGAAUGCAUCUCUUAUUUAUGCACAUCAGAGCAGCCUGUCAUGGAGUAAAUCCGCAGUGCAAGAAGCAGCAUCACUAAGACUGAGAGCAUCGUUUGCUCCAGGAUUAUUUUCUGAAGAGGAGAGCAACAUAUAAAAGGAGCAGCUGGACUAUCAUCCCACCACAAUGGAGACUGUGGGAGAUUUUGAGUACAGCAGGAAAGACCUGGUUGGACAUGGAGCCUUCGCUGUGGUGUUCAAAGGAAGACACAGGAAGAAGACUGAUUGGGAGGUGGCCAUCAAGAGCAUUAAUAAGAAGAACCUGUCCAAGUCCCAGAUCCUUCUUGGCAAGGAAAUCAAAAUCCUGAAGGAGCUGCAGCAUGAAAACAUUGUGGCACUUUACGAUGUCCAGGAAACGCCCAACGCUGUUUUCCUGGUCAUGGAGUACUGUAAUGGCGGUGAUCUCGCCGACUAUCUGCAAGCAAAAGGGACUCUGAGAGAAGACACCCUGAGGGUUUUCCUCCAGCAGAUUGCUGCGGCUAUGCGCAUCCUCAGCAGCAAAGGAAUCAUCCACCGUGACCUGAAACCACAGAACAUCCUGCUGUCGUACGCGGGCCGCAAGAGGUCCAACAUCAGUGGCAUCCGCAUCAAAAUAGCUGACUUUGGCUUUGCACGGUACCUCCAGAACAACAUGAUGGCAGCCACGCUGUGUGGAUCACCCAUGUACAUGGCCCCAGAGGUCAUCAUGUCCCAGAACUACGAUGCCAAGGCCGACCUGUGGAGCAUAGGGACUGUCAUCUACCAAUGUCUGGUUGGCAAGCCACCAUUCCAGGCUAAUAGUCCCCAAGACCUGAGGAUGUUUUACGAGAAGAACAAGAAUCCACAACCUAUCAUCCCAAGGGAGACCUCCCAACAACUUGGCCACCUUCUGCUUGGGCUGCUUCAGAGGAACCAGAAAGACAGGAUGGACUUUGACGCGUUCUUCAGCCAUCCUUUCCUGGUGCCAAUAGUCACCAUAAAAAAAUCGUGUCCGGUGCCGGUGCCUAGCACCUCCAACGACAGCUCCUGUGGCAGCUCCCCAUGCAUCCGCUACAACUCCCCUCCUUCUCUCCCGGACAUGCAGACUCUAGCAGAAGACGGUCUGUCGUCCCCUCCGCUCGGUCCGCCCAACUUCCUGCAGCUUUCCAAAGAGUCUGCAGGAAGCACCAGCAGCAAGAACUCGUCGUCCGAUACUGACGACUUUGUGCUGGUGCCUCACAUCUCCACUGACAGCUACGACCAGCCAAUGGGAGCGGGUCGUCGACUGUCCAGUGAGUGGGGGCAGCCGCAACCAACCCCUGGACAGACCCCCAUGGUGUCCCCACGGGCUGAGACCACCCCCAUCCCUGUUCCCACGCAGAUCCGGAACUACCAGCGCAUCAAGCAAAACCUCUCCAGCAGCCCGACCACCACGCUGUACAGCUCCCCCAGGUCCGGCACAGUGAGGCGCUCUAACACUAGUCCUAUGGGGUUUCCCAAGGUGGCCUCGGGGUCCCCCAGCUCGGCGGACGUCCCUCAGACCGUCAGCAGGCGUCUCUCCACCGGCAGCUCCCGGCCCUACUCUCCCUCACCUCUGGUGGGCACCAUCCCCGAGCAGCUGGGCCACUGCUGCUGUCACAUGCAGAGCCACGAGCCCCGCAGCCGCAGCUCCUCAGGAGGUUCCCCCGUCCCGUCCUCUCAGCUUCUGGGGGCCCGGCUCCAGAGUGCCCCCACCCUGACCGAGGUCUACCAGACCAGGCAGAAGCUCCACAAGCAGUUAUCAGACCCGGUUCAGCCUUCCUCCUCCGCCUCCUCUUCCUCCUGCAGUCAUUCCCCUCAGUUCGGCCGCCCGGCCAACCUGGGCUCCUCCCCCACAAAGCUCCUGGGCACCUCCCCCCGCACGUCCGACUGGCUGCAGAAGUCCCCGCUGCCCACCAUCAUCGGCUCUCCCACUAAAACCAUAUCGGCCCCGUUCAAGAUUCCCAAAACGCAAGCGUCCUGUAAUCUGAUGGCGCUGGCGGACAGCCCCGUGCCCACCAAGACGUUGGCAGAUGCUCGGGAAAUGUGUGCCCACCACUGCAACCCGUACCUCUCCGGACGCCCCGCGGCCCCCGAGGCCAGCAGGACCUUUGGCAGGUCCGUUAGUACAGGUCGUCUGUCUGAGCAGCAAAUCAGAAUGACUCUGGGGGGACAGGCCUAUCAGGGCAGCAAUGACAGCCUGAACACAGAGCGACCCAUGGACACAGCCCCUGCAGGUCCCAGUGGGCUGGUUCAGGGUAUGUCAGCGAGCCCCCGUACCGUCCUCUUCACCGUGGGUUCACCGCCCAACAGCAGCACUCCGCCCACCUGCAGCCACAUGGGCACACGACCCCGCACCACCUCAGUGGGCUCCAACAGUUCUGGCGGCUCCCUGUGCUCCACCAGCGGUCGGGUCUAUGUGGGGUCUCCCCCCGGCAUGGCCGUGGGCUGCUCUCCUCCAGGGGGUUUCGGGGUGAGUCAGGUUGCUCACGGGAGUGAUGGGGCACCCAGCAGCCUGCGCUACGUUCCCUAUGGGACCUCCCCCCCCAGCUUGGAAGGGUUCAUCACAUUCGAAGCCCCUGAGCUGCCCGAGGAGACUCUGAUGGAGCGAGAGCACACAGACACGCUGAUGUACCUCCGCAUGAUGCUCUCCUUCACGGACUGCGUCCUGGAGAUGGCAGCGGUGCGAGCUGGAGGGACGGAGCUCGGCGUGUCGUCCGCCUCGCUCUACCCCCCCCAGGACAGCGUGGUGGUAGACCAGAUCAGCCAGCUCAGCAAAGAGUGGGGGCAGGUGGAGCAGUUGGUGCUCUACAUGAAGGCGGCUCAGCUCCUGGCUUCCUCUCUGCAUCUGGCCAAGGCACAGAUCAAAUCAGCCAAGCUCAAUCCUUCCAGUGCCGUCAAACAGGUGGUGAAGAGUCUGAACGAGCGUUACAAAAGCUGCAUCUCCCUCUGCCGGCGGCUGACAGACAAACUCAACCACUUCUUCUCCGACAAGCAGCGCUUUAUGGACGAGAUCAACAGCGUCACAGCGGAGAAGCUCAUCUACAAUAAUGCCGUGGAGAUGGUUCAGUCUGCGGCUCUGGAUGAGAUGUUCAAGCAGACCGAAGAUAUCGCCUACCGCUACAGCAAGGCCGCCAUGCUGCUGGACGGCCUGUCCAAGAUCCUGCAGGACCCCACCGACGUUGAGAACGUGGUCAAGUACAAGGCCAGUGUGGACCGCAGGAUCUCAGCCCUCUGCUACUGCACUGUUACACUAUACGAGUAGCCACACACACACACACACACACACACACACACACACACACACACACACACAGGGACCACGUCCUAAGACCCUGAUCCUCCUGUAGCAGUUCAAGCACUUUUCAUUUGACAGUUUCAUCUGUAUUUAUCAUCCCACUGGCUGCAUCAUGGACUGAGCUGUGACCAGCGACUGAUGCACAAAACAACCAAAGAUGAUCCAGAAACUAAAGACUGAAACUGGAUGUGGACACAAUGCAUGCACCUCCAUGUGCAUUUUUCUUCCUACGCCAUGAUGGUGAAAAAUCCAUCUGAUCAACAUAAAUAUAUAUAAAAAACAUAUUUCCAUCUUUCAGGAUAUCAUUGUUUUUUACCAGAAGAAGAAGAGGAUGGACAGGACUAUGAAACGGCCUCAAGAGACUCCCCAUGGAGCAGUUUAAAAAAAGAAACCUGCUUACUAUGUGAUAUCAGUUGUUAUUUACUCUGUGUUAUUGUUCUUAUUUAUUGGUUCAGAAGAACAUGGAGUCUCCUGCCUAUUUUUAAAUAACCUCAAGUAUUGGAGCGGAAGGAAAUUAAGCAGAUGGCUGAUCACUGUAACAAAUCCAACGAUUUUUACGUGAAACACAAACUGUUUUAACAGAAAACGACAGCCGUGUGAGCAAAGGAACCUGUAAAUUUGAUAUGUUUUUAGCUCAAGCACUUUACUGUGGAGAGGUGUGUCAGUAUAAAAUCUGAAGGUAUACAUGUGAAGGCAGGGGAACGAUCACUCCCGCUCCCACCCCUCAAUACUUACUGAUUAACUGAAUGCAUACAUUUCCCAUAAGGCAGAGCAACCAGGGAAACGGUUAUCUUAGACGAGACAAAUUGCCUAGAGCUCUUCUUUUAAGAUCAAAUAAAUGUUGUCUUGAUGGCCGAUUGAAAUUAUUUUUAGCCAUGGAAAGACAAUUUAAGUCUUUACCAUUAAAGUGCAGUUGGUGAUACGAUUAUUCACACAAAAUUACAUAGCAGGGGAAUUUUGAUUGGCUUGUAUCAACCGGAUGUUCAUUUUCCACUCGCAACAAGAAAACAUCUAAAAACUAUUGACAUGUAUUUCCCUCGUUACCCCGUUUUGUAGGAAUGUAAAGGAGUUCAAAAUAUAUAUAUAUAUAAACAUGACGACUUAAUACGUUUAAUUUUACUAAAGGAAUACAGCUUUUAUGUUCCGUCAGUAUCUGUAGCUAGAUUUUUUUUUAUUAAACAAAACUUGAUGUUUGCAAUCUUGUAAAUAUUUGUAUGUGGUGCAUGUGAUGAUUCCUUUCCCCUCUUUUCGGGAGGGGGUGUGUGUGUUUAUGGGGUGUCGGUGACGCUGUCAGAUGGCCUGCCUGUCAGUCAAAGAGCACAAAUCUUUAUAUGUACAUAGCUGAAUUUGAUACAUUUUAUUCAUGUCUGCCAAGGGUUUUUUUUUUAAUAAGAGAAACCUUUUUUUGGCACAACAGGGGUGUGCCAAAGAAUAAACUCUAACUCGUGGCAGCUCUUUCCGGAGAACUCUUUCUAUCAGGACUGUUUGUUGUUCAGAUCAAGACACAUAUUUGCUUAGUGGGAAAGUUUCUGAAAUAGAUACUAAUUUCCCAACAUUGUACUUGAUUUGUCACAAUCUGCACUGCCUAGCAUCCGCUCUGUCCCUUUGCCUCCCCUCAUCUGCUGUGCUCCUAAAAGUGUAUGUACUGUAAGUAUGUAUGAGUCAGUGUAUAUAGACACACUUGCCAGGUGUGCAUUAAGGCCAGUAGUAAACAGUUAGUGAUGGAAAAGGAGGUGCCUUCUUCAUCUGAAAGCAGACCAAGGCCUACUCCUCUGUACAGGUGUGAAUACAUUAUUUUUCUGUGUACAAAUGUGUAUAGAUGCAUUCACAGGCACCUUAGGCCUGUUUCUCUCAUGUACUGUUUAUUUUAAUUUUUUAAAAGACAUAUCUGGGUUUCCUUCGUUCUCGUCAUGAGCACUCUGAACCACACAAAGCCUUUUACUGCACACAGAGUGAAGAGGGACAACAAAGGCUGACGGAAACCCGCCCGAAUCUUCGCUCUGUACCAUUUUUGUCCAUGGACUGUAACUGAAAUUGGACUGUUUUAAGAUGAAGCAUGGGUGCUGAGGCUGCAUUUGUACCCCGUUAGAACCUCUAGAAUCUUCAAUGUACUGUAUGUACCCCGUUGUUUCGCGCCUCUCCAGCUUGAUCUGAAUGCAUUUCGAAGAAACCUGCCGUCAGUCAUGACCCUGAAAAUGCAACUCUUUCCAAGCACCCAUUUUUUUUCAGAGAAAUGUUAAUGUUACACUCGUGUCCCUCACUGAGGGCUGUCCGUCUUUGUUCUUUAUAGAACCCAAAUACAGUCUUUGUUAUUAAAAAGAGAAUCAAUUAAAAA